AUGAUACAUGGUCCGUGUGGCAUAUAUAACAGAUCAUCACCGUGUAUGCAAGAUGGUAAGUGUUCUAAAGGGUACCCAAAAAACUUAAUAAUUAACACGCAAACAGGUGAAAAUGGAUUUCCAUUUUACCAGAGAAGGGGAGCAGCUGAAGGAGGAUAUACUGCAACCCUCCACGAAGGAAAAGAAAAUGAAAUAACAGUUGAUAACAGAUGGAUAGUGCCUUAUAAUCCACUAUUAAGUAAGAUUUUUGAUGCACAUAUCAAUGUGGAAUUUUGUAAUUCAAUUAGAUCAAUUAAAUAUGUAUGUAAGUACAUUAAUAAAGGGUCAGAUCAGGCAAUCUUUUCAAUAGAGCAACGUGAUGAGCCAACUUUUUAUCAACAUGGACGCUAUAUCUGCAGUAAUGAAGGAGCAUGGAGAAUUUUUGGAUAUCCGAUUCAUGAAAGAUAUCCAUUGGUUAUGCAUUUAGGGGUUCACCUGGAAAAUGGGCAAAGAAUUUAUUUCACAGAGCAGAAUGCACGCAAUCAAGUUACAAAUGCAAGAAAUUCAACUCUGAUGGCAUUCUUCGAAUUAUGUCGUACAGAUCAAUUUGCAAAGACUAUAUAUUAUGUUGAUGUUCCUAGAUAUUAUACAUGGGAUGUCGCGGGGAAGAGAUUUAAGAGAAGGAUAAGAGGAAAUCCAGUAAAUGGACAUUCAGGAAUUGUAAGUGCAGAUGCAUUGGGUAGAGUAUAUACAGUGCAUCCAAAUAAUUUUGAAUGUUAUUGUGUUAGGUUACUUUUGCACACCGUACGAGGGCCAGAAUCUUUCACUGAUCUACGGACUGUAGAUGGAGUACUCUGCGAAACAUACAGAGAAGCCUGUUUUAAAUUAGGUCUUUUAGAGGAUGAUAAUCACUGGAAUCAGACUUUAACAGAAGCUGAACUUGCAGAUUCCCCAUCGCGACUAAGGUAUUUAUUUACUUUGAUGCUAGCCCAUUGUGGGUUAGCAAAUCCACAACAACUGUGGGAAGGUCACCGAGAAAGCAUGUGUGAAGAUAUAUUAAGAGAGAAGAAUAGAUUGAGUUUCGAUGCAGAGAUUUUCAACAUUGGAUUAAUCAUGAUAGAUAGAUUGCUAAUAUCUAUCGUUGGUAAGAGUAUAGGUGAAUUUGGUUUUAUAAUCAGCGAUAUUCAUAAUAUUAAUUCAUUUGAUGAGCAUUAUAAUUUAGAAGAACUUCGAACAAUAGUGGAAGAAAGAGACAAAGCUUAA